UGAUCUAUAUCUAUAUGGCCUUUUUCCUCUUGCUUAUACUUCAAUCUUAAACUUGACAUCAGUGUGGACAGAAGUAUUCCGGGAAUAAUGGUGCUUCGUCAGAGUUUUCUCAUCAUUCUUGCGUUCUUUGGAAUGGUAUUGUGUGGGCUAGUUUACCUGAACACCAACCAGAACAGUUGCAAACCGGAGAUCAUAGAAAAAGUCAUCACCAAGGAAAUUAGGAAGCCAGAAAACGUUGCAUUGCGCUCAUUGCCGGGGCUUGUGUACAACCAGCCCAGUGCGCUGGUAAGUCGGACAGAUGUUGCUUCUGUAACGUCAUGGUUAGCCCCAAUCAUCUGGGAGGGAACCUUUGACCCCACACUGAUCGACUCUAUCUACAAACAACAGAAUCUCACCAUAGCCACCACAGUCUUCGCUUUGGGAAAAUACACACGUUUUCUCAAAGAUUUUCUGGAAUCAGCAGAGGAGCAUUACUUUGUUGGAUUUCGAGUCCAUUACUACUUGUUUACAGAUAAACCAGAAGAAGUUCCUGAAGUUAAGAUGAGUGAAAACCAUAGUUUGACAGUUCGAAAGAUUCCAAGUAUGAACAGAUGGCAGGAUAUCAGUAUGGGCAGGAUGGAAAUACUGGAGAAACUAAUAAAGAAUGAACUGGCCAGUGAGGCAGACUAUAUUUUCUGCCUUGACGUUGAUACAAAGUUCCAUGGCCGCUGGAGUGUGGAGUCUUUGGGUCGUCUCGUAGGUGUGAUACAUGCUUGGUUCUUUGAUGCUCCAAGGAAUCAGUUCACAUAUGAGCGUAGACCAGAGUCUCAAGCAUACAUUCCAGCUGGAGAGGGUGAUUAUUAUUUUACUGGUGCUGCAUUCGGUGGCUCACUGGAGGAUGUACAUCAUCUCACCAAAACCUGCCGGGAGCAGAUGAACAUUGAUAUUGCAAACUCCAUUGAGGCGAUAUGGCAUGAGGAGUCUCAUUUGAACAAGUAUUUCCUUUAUAACAAACCCAGUAAACUGCUUUCACCUGAAUAUCUGUGGCGGGACAUCAAUGCUGGGGCAGGCCAAAUAAAAGUAGUUCGCUUCACUCAUGUAGCUAAAAACAAUGCAGAAGUUCGUCCAAACAAGUAGCACCUGUUGCCAGUAUUGAGCUACACUGACAUGGUCUUUUCUCGCAGGCCUGGCACACUGUGAAUCUAUAAACGGGUAAUAAUGACUACGGAGAAGUCUACAGCUGCCACCAACAAAUUGGAUAAUAAGAGACAUUUACAGAUAUUUGUGAAAUACCUCUCUGUGAAAUCCAGGCUAAAGUCUCAAAAUCGAAUUAUGAGGUGACAAGCAUCAAAGUUUGAUUCCAACCAUUAAUUUAUUUCAGUUUUGACACCGUCUUUGACACUGUCAUUAAUAAAGAUAUCAAUGUUACAUUUUCA